ACUUUUUUUCCAGUGCCGUUGUAACUUUGGCCACUAAAUGAAUCGUCGUACGUGGAGGACUGCCUGUCUAGAAUGUAACAACCCAUAAAAUCCCUCUUCCACCUUCGCUUUGGGGUCUGCAGAACCCAGCAAUUCACAAUCUCCCGCUCAGAAUAUACACAAAAACUCAUGUUCCCCAUAACAAGAAACUUAUAAGUUCCCCAUGGUUGAUGGAAGUCUGCUCCUGCCACCCGCAGGCCAGGCUUAGUAUUGCACCGAUCCAGAUUUUGUUCAUUUGCAAAAACCUAGAGAUGCUUUUAUUUUCCUCUCCAGGACAAGGUGUGGAGUGAGUGGACCCCCCUUCUCUGCAAGGUUCCCUCUUGAAGACCCCACCCCUGGCUGGAGAUGCUGCCCCCGGAAGACCCCCCAGAUGGAGGCUGGGGCUGGCUGGUAGUCCUCGCAGGGUUCCUGGCCAACUCGCUCACUUUUGGCAUUCUGCGAUCCCUCGGCGUCCUCUUUGAAGACCUGGUGGGGGCUUUCCAGGCCACCACGGCCCAGGUGUCCUGGGUGACGGCCAUCGCCUUGGCAACCCAACAGUUUGCAAGUCCCCUGGGCACAGCAGCAAGUACCCGCUACGGAGCGCGUCCGGUAGUCAUGCUGGGUGGGCUACUGUCUUCGUUGGGCAUCUUUGGGGCGUCCUUCAGCACCUCCUUAUUCCAGUUAUACCUGAGCCUGGGAUUCCUGACAGGGUUGGGCUGGGCGUUGGCGUUCGCCCCCACCAUGGGGACUCUCUCACGCUACUUCUCCACCCGAAGGUCGCUGGCCAUGGGUCUGGCUUUGACCGGGAACGGCCUGACCUCUUUUGCCCUCUCUCCCCUCCUGCGCCUGGUGGCCGACCAUCUCGCCUGGCGAGGCACCUUGCUGGCCACCUCUGCCCUGACCCUCCACCUGUUGCCCGGCGGGGCCCUCCUUCGGCCCCUGGCCCUGCGGGGAGACCCCCCUAAGUUGACCUCCAUCUUUGAUGUGGGCCUCUUGGCCCAGAGAGGCUUUGGGGCGUUCGCCCUGGGCACUGCCCUCCUGGCCGCUGGGUACUUCACCCCGUACGUGCACCUGGACGCUUACGGACGGGCGCUGGGCAUAGAACCGUACAGCGCAGCCUUCGUGGUCUCGCUAGCCGCCUUAGCCGACGCCGUAGCCCGGCUGCUAACCGGCUGCGUGGCCGACCGGCGUCUCCUGCCCCCCGUCUACCUACUGGUGGCCUUCAAUUCCUUGGUGGGAGCCACCCUCCUCUUCUUCCCGGCCGCCUCCUCCUAUGCCAGCCUGCUCCUCUUAGCUGUCCUCUACGGUGCCAGCGCAGGAAGCUUCGCGACGGUGGCCUUUGCGGUUUUGCCCGAGCUGGUGGGCAUCAGCCGCGUCGUGAACGCCACGGGGCUGUGCAUGAUGUCGAUGAGCGUCGGGGGGCUGCUGGGACCCCCUCUCUCAGGCUUCCUGCGGGACCAAACAGGAGACUUUACUGCUUCGUUCCUGGUCGGGGGUGCCUUUGUCCUCUGUGCCAGCCUGGUUUUCCUGGCCCUUCCCUCGCCUUCGUCCGGGUGCCGCGGCGCCCAGCAAGACGAGAUGCCCAGCAUUGUGGGGCAUCCGAAGACUCCCUGCCCCAUGCCGCCCAGGAGGCAUUUGGAAAUAUGAAAGACACCCCACAUUCCUCUAUCUGGGGUCGUCCAGCAAUGCCCAUCACCCGACCAGGAUGAUGGGAGUGGGAAUCUAACCUACUUAUGGGACCCCGGAUUCCUGUCCCCUUCUCCAAUGCAUCAAACCCAUCAUCCACUGCCUUGAAGACCAUCUCUGGUGCCUUCUCUAGUGUCCGACGUUGAAAGGGGACACGGGUGCCUGUUGCUACGUCCACAAAAAUUAAAUUUUGGCCACAGGGAGCUCCCGAGUUUGUGGGAUGACCUAGAAACUGUUGGAUCAUAUAGGUGUGUAGUCCUCGAACGUACGACCGUCAUGGGGCCUGCCCAUCACGGUCGUAAGUCACGACGGUUGUAAAUCAGGUCACCCACUGAUAGGGGUAGUCCUCGGCUUACGACCACAAUGGGCAGCAGAAUUUCCAUGGCUAAGCAAGGCAGUCGUUAAGCGAGUCCCGCCCGGUUUAAUGGCUUUUUUUUUUUUGCCAGCCAAUCGCUGUGAAGUCGUUAAACAAGUCACACCAUCAUUAAGCGAAUCUGGCUUCCCCCCCUGAAUUUUCCUCGUCGGAAGCCAAGCGGGAAGGUUUCAAAUGGACAUAAGUUGAGGACUAACUAUAUUUUCACCCUUUUUUUAACAGUGCAUGUUAUCAAAUAAGGCCGUCAUUAAGUGAACCAAUGGGACACUGCAAAUGUCUGUAAAUGUCCUGAGUCCCCAAAAUGCAGUCAUGUGACUGUGGGGUGGGUGGGACAUCCGCCGGAAUUUCAGAACUGGGUCUCAAGUACCCCCUCCCAGGAAGGUCGGCCGUAAUUUCAAACGGUCACUAAGCAAUGCGUCAUAAGUCAAGGAACCCUUGUACGUUCAAUACUCAUCAUCUUUGCAAUGAUGUCAUUCUUAGGAGAGGCAUCAGGGGGUGAUGUUGAGCUACACAGGUAGUCCUCGACUUACAAUCAUCCGCUUAGCGACCGUUCAAAGUUACAACCUCACUGAAAAAAUCAACUUAUGACCGUUUUUCACACUUACGACCGCUGCAGUAUCCCCAGAGUCACGUGAUCCAAAUUCAGACACUCGGCAAUGGACUCGUAUUUAUGACGGUCACAGCGUCCCGGGGUCCUGCAAUCCCCUUUUGUGACCUUUUGACAAGUCAAUGGGGGGAAGCCAGAUCCACUUAACAACCAUGUUACUGAUUCACUUAGUGACUGUUCAAGCUCGCGACAGUAUUGAAAGACGUGACUUGUAUUUGUGACGGUGGCAGCAUCCGGGGGCAGGGGGUUGCGACCUUCCGAUGAGCAAAGUCAACAGGGGAAAGCCGGAUUCGCUUAAGAACCGUGUGACUCGCUUAAGAACUGCAGUGAUUCACUUAACAACGGUGGCCAGAAAGGUCAUAAAAUGGGACAAAACCCACUUAACGACGGUCUCGCUCAGCAGCCAAAAUUUGGGACUGCAUUGUGGUCGUAAUUCGAGGACGACCUAUAUUUGUGGGUGGGGCUCCCAAAUGCCUCUCCUGGCGUUCUUCUUCUCUAACUUGGGGUAAAAAAAUACUAAUAUUUGGGGGGUAUUUUUGUAAAAUGAAGGUCUCCGUGCUUGACCCCCCCCAAAGGCAGAACAUGCUGCGGUGUGCAGCUUUGCACACUUUUACACUUUUGCACACUCAUGAGCCAAUUACUUCGGAUGUCCCUUUACAGAGAGCUGUUUAAAAUCACUCGACCCAUAUAUUUUAAAAUAAAAUUUGAGUCCAUUAUUCUCCUGAA